ACAGAGAGAGCGUAAUCUUCCCAGGAAAAGAGAAUCGCAGCAACCAAACAGUCUAUUUCAUUUCUCUAGAUAGAAAAUUUUUACACUAAAACAGUGUUUUGAGAUGGGGAGCCUGAGCUUCCAUGUACAAUACUCCUCGGCAUGUGUGCUGCUCUCACUCUGCAUUGCGUCGAUCAUCGCCGUUUCAAUGAUCUGCGGCCAUCAUUUCGAUCGUUCGGUGAGAAUCUCCGGUGCGGAACUAUAUCAGUACGGUCCAGUUUCGAUUCCAUUGGUUGAGCUCCGAAGCAAGGUCAUUGCCGCCUCCGAUGAUCACCUCAUCAACUCCAAUGCCAAUCGCUCGAGUCAUCUUCAUCAUCACCUUCACAUCAACGAGCUCGUGAAUCAAACUGUACUUAAGAAAAUCCCCAAACCGAAAGCGAGCAGAGAGCAAGAUCUGGAACAGGGCCUCGCGCGAGCGCGAGCUUCGAUUCGCCGGACAGUCCGGAGCCCAAACCGUUCGUCAACAUUCGACGACGACGUUUCGUUUCCCGGUGGAUCAGUUGUGUAUCGUAACCCCGGCGCAUUUUAUCAGAGCUACCUUGAAAUGGAGAAGAAAUUCAAGGUUUAUGUGUACACAGAGGGGGACCCACCAAUGGCACACGAUGGGCCAUGCAAGGACAUAUACUCCAUUGAAGGGAGGUUCAUGCACGAAAUGGAGAAUGGGGCAGCGGGCAGGAGGUUCAAGACCAAGAGCCCCAAAAGAGCUCAUGUUUACUUCAUGCCCUUCAGUGUGACUUGGAUGGUAAAGUACCUCUACAAGCCCUUCACCUACAACCUCACCCCUUUGAGGGACUUUGUGGCCGAUUACGUGAGAGUAAUCUCUACGAGACACCCCUUUUGGAAUAGGACUCAUGGGGCAGACCACUUCAUGCUUUCUUGUCAUGAUUGGGCUCCACAUGCAUCAGCUGGUAACCAAUUUCUCUACAACACAUCAAUCCGAGUCCUCUGCAAUGCCAACACCUCCGAAGGCUUCAACCCUCAAAAAGACGUUUCUCUCCCUGAAAUCUACCUCUACGGCGGCAACGUCCCCUCCAAACUCAUCUCACCCCCGCCACCCCAAACCCCACGUCCCUACCUGGGGUUCUUCGCCGGUGGGCUCCACGGCCCAAUAAGGCCCAUUCUCCUGGCCCACUGGAAAACCCGCGACGAAGACCUUCGGGUCUACGAAUACCUCCCAGAAGGCGAAGACUACGCCUCCAUGAUGCUCAAGUCCAGGUUUUGUCUGUGCCCUAGCGGGCAUGAGGUGGCGAGCCCAAGAAUUGUGGAGGCCAUUUAUGCAGAAUGUGUGCCUGUGAUUUUGUCUGAGCACUACGCGCUGCCGUUUAGUGAUGUGCUGAGGUGGGAGGCGUUUUCUGUUAGGGUUGAGGUCUCUGAGAUUUGGAGGUUGAAGGAGGUUUUGAUGGCGGUGCCAGAGGAGAAGUAUAGGUGGCUUGUGGAGAAUUUGAGGGUUGUGAGGAGGCAUUUUGAGUUGAACCAGCCGGCUAAGAGGUUUGAUGUGUUUCAUAUGAUAUUGCACUCUGUGUGGCUCAGGAGAAUUAACCUUAGACUAGCCUAGAUUGUUUUAUUUCAUUUAUAUAUGGUGCACUUAAAAAACAUUAUAUAUUAC